AUGGCUGAGCCGGAGCUUCAGCAGGCCUCGCAAGAGGUUGACGCCGUCAAAAUUAACCAUGACACCACUGAGCUCUCUAAACCUCCUGCAACACCAAUCAAAGGCAAAGAGAAGUCUCCGGCCAAGGAACCUGCCAUGACUCCUAGAAUCAAGAAGAAGGAGGUCGAGAAAAUGUUCGACUCCUGGAAACAGCUUGGUUACAGUGUCGACGGAUUCGAUCUCUGGGUUGAAGGAUACCAACCUCCUGGCACAGACGACUCGCAAAGUCGCAAAGAUUGGCCCACCGACGAUGACAUGUUUCGAGAAAGGGCCAACAACAGCUACAAGGUGCUGUUGCCGGAUUUGAAUGCCUGGAAAAAUUACGUCGAUGAGCUUCAGGAAGCUAAAUUGCGGGCUUUGGGCGUCUCGUUUGCAGAGGAAGAACCUCCGGAGCCUUUAAUAUCCCCAACCACCAACCCGUCACGACAGGCUUCAGCACCGUGUCCUUCUCUUCCAUUCUCGCCACCUAUUCCAACGUCAUCGGCAUCCAGCACUCACGGUCUCUCGGGUUACCCAUUCCCCCCGCAAUUUCUCCCCGGAGUUGCCAGUCCCGGCCUCUCUUCUGGAGCGUCUCCUGUUUCUUUUGCUGCCGGAAAGUUCAAUUCUCGACAGUCCAUUUCGCUGCCCGCGGGGAACUCACCAUUUCAGCUUACCCAGGCACAAGCAUGGUCCAACCCAGCCGGCAUCUUACAUGGGCUGAAUCGCACGGACUCUCCGCUUGCCACCCUGAACGGCAUACUGCCUCCCCAACCUCCAUUCGGACUUGAUGGACUCCAACAAGCAGGUAGCCCUGCCUUUGGCUUUCACCAGCGGCACCAGUCACUGCAGUAUUUCCCGCAACAGAUUGUCUCAAUUGCAUCCCCGCGACUCCAGGACGUGUGCGAAGACGAUGAAGAGGAGCUGAGCAAGAGCCCAUCAAAAACGCCCGAACCCGCUGGGCGUAUUGGCGACAAUUUGCAGGCUGGAAUCGAGGGCGCAGAGUAUCAUUUGGAAGAGCAACUGCGCAAUCAGCUUGAACACGAGGAUUAUAAUCCUCAAUCUGCGGAAAGCACGCGGCCUUUUGCUCCCAUGCACAGCCUUGCUGCCUCGUCUCAAAACCCCACCAUUGCUGAGCGAUUCGCGAACGAACCAGGGAAGCCGUUGGAACUGCACCAUCCACGACCUCAUUCUCGUGGUCACUCUCUGUCCCAGACUUUUUUCCGCGAUCACGAUGGCAACCAGGAGAAUGUUGACGAGAACAACCUGCAGAAGCUUGGCUCGCUGAAAGAAAAGGACGAGGACGAGACGCAGGAGAUUGAGACGAACCCUAGCAAUCUGGGGACUCCUGUGCAAAACUUUGACUUUGCUACCGCUUUUGGACAGCACAAGAAAACUUCUUCCACCACCAGCAACCCCUGGCGAGAGCAACCGUCAGGUUCUAGUAGCGCGAGACACUCAAGCCAUGGUAGCAAGCCGUCACUGUCCAAGCUCAAUGUUCAGGCGCCCGAGUUCAAGUUCAACCCAACCACCUCUUCUGUCCCAGGAAUGUACAAUUUCUCGGCUGGUAUCAAUUUCCAGCCUGCCGUCUUCCCAGCAGGUAUUGGUGGUAGGCAAACCGACCUCCACCCACCUGUGGAACCUGACCAGAUGGGGGAUUCGGACUCGGGGCUUCAGAUGUCGCCCAAACCCGUACCGCAAUUUGGCGGCCUUUGUAGGAUGCAUGCCAGUGCCCCGUCAUUCUCGCCCGGCCAAGUUGAAUUCAGCUUCUCUACAUCCGGACCCAAGUUCCGCCCCGACGCUCCAUCAUUCACACCGUUCCAAUCCCUCGCCAACGGCCCCGCCGCUGCACCAGCUCAUACUGCGCGUCAAGACUCUAUUUUUGGCAACAUCAAUAUUACCGCCAGCGAUAUCGUUCGUCCCGUGAAGAAGUCCAAGGCCAUCCCCAUCGUUAGACCGUCUAGCAGAUCGUCUGCUACAUCUGGCCAUUUUGAACUGGAGUCUCAGGAUGGCCCUAACGGUCGCCUCGCUGACGAAUCCAGAGUCAAGCGCGCAAAGAGUGCAGCGCCUGACGAGGAUGCACUUCCCAUAUUUGCCGAACGACCUGAGGAAGAUGAUGGAGUCUCUAAUAAGCUCCAUCCUAAUGCAGCUCUGUCAAACAGAAUCGAAGAGGAAGAGCAUAGUGUUGGUGAAGACGUUUCUGUGGAUGGGGAGCAGACGCUUCCCGUCGACACAUCAACGUCCUCCAUCCUCACGUCUGAUCAACUUGAUACGAUGGCCACAACUGCUGCCCCAUCUGAGACAUCGCCCGCUGAGGCGGCGGCCGAAAAUUCGACACAUUUCGAUUUUGAACAGAAGGGUGAACCUCACAAUCUGUUGCAAGCCCCAUUAAUUGGCGAUGAUCUCGAGUUCUUAUCUGCUACGGCGACGCCAUUUAUUCCAGUUGGCGCGUCGCCCAUUGCCCAACAGUCCCGCCGCAUGUCGAACGAUCGUAAAAAGAGAGAAGAGCCUGCAAAAGUACAAAACGAACAAGAGGAGAUGGUUAGAUCUUCCGCUGAGCCGGUUCAGCCGCCCCGCGUCAAGCUCACCCCCAAACCCAGAGGUCUCGCGGCCUCGCGGUUUGCCAAGGCUCAGUCACCUGCCGUUUUUGAGGUUCAUCGACCUGAAGUCAUCCAAUCAGUUGAGAAAGAACUUGCGACUACCUCUCCCUUGCCAGAAUCUUCUUGGAAAGGGCGGCCUUCUAUCGACGCCAGGCAAGAUCGGGAGCCCACAUUCGAGGAAAUUGACGCAGUCAUGCAGCAAAUGGAAACUGAUCCCUCCGUGGGAGUCAACAAGACGCUCGAGUCUUCGCAAUGGAAGCCACUGCCCAGCGACGCGGUCGUCGCCGGCUCCGUUGAAGCGUGCCCACCCGCGGGUGAAGUUGCUCAGAAGCCCUCAAGGGACGUUGCGAGCCUUAAGCCUCGACAGUUUGGCGCAAUUACGGCCAACACCCCUAUACUGAGCACCGAGCCCGAAGAUCCCUUCUUGGACCCACCAAUCAGCCCCCGAUCGCCUGAGCCUUCUAAUGAGUUUGACGAAGCUGAGGUUGCCAGUGAGCUUGCGAGUGACUGGGAAGGCACCUUCACGGAGGACGAGCACGAGAAGUUGGAGAACAGGGCCAACUUUUUCGACGGUCGGGUCAACGAGGUCGUCGGAAGCUUGCUGUCGUCCCGCUUGCAACCUCUUGAGAAGACUCUGGCAUCGAUUCAGGACUCACUGAUGUCGAAGCGGCGUCCUCACCAGUCCACUCGCAGUGACAUCCGUAGCGUCUCAGGUGACGUGCAAGAUAGCGACGCUGAUGAUGAAGACGAGGAGCCAGCCCUUCAACGCUCAAUGAGUCCUCGCCGAGAUCGCAGGAUGGAGCAAAUGCGUUUAGCCAUGGCCGAAGUUCUUGCCAACCACCAGCGUAACCAAAUAGCUGGUCCGGCUGCGGACGAGAGAGAAACUGCCGUGGCUACUGACAACUCUAUGGUAGUAAAGGCGCUCGAAGAAAUGAAAGAUCACCUGUCAUCGAGCCUGAAAUUAGCCACGCAACCCCAACCUGAGGAUCUCAACCUGCGCAAACGCGAUUUUCUUUCUCCAGGGCCUGAGGAACAUGCCCAGCAAAAGAUUGCAGAGCUUCAGGCCAUGAUGAUGGAUCUUGGCCAGCGUUUGGCCAGCGAGCAAAGCAAGACCGAAAGAGAGAUCGUGGAGCGUCGUGCCGCAGAAGAUGCGGCGGCUGAGCUCAACCGCAAACUGCAAGCGGCCGAGACUCGUGUUGAGGUCGAGAUUAUCAACCGUAGCGUCUUCAAUCAGCGUGUGACCGAUCUGGAAGAGCGUCUCAGGAUUCAGGAAGAUAAGACUGAAGAAGAAAUCAAAUCUCGGCGAAAUGCCGAGGACAGGCUGUCCGAAGUGCAGCGACUACUCCGCAUCUCGUCUGAAGAAGAGAAUCGCCUCCGGGAUGUUGUCGACGAAAAGGACGCCAGGAUCAAGACGCUCGAACAACAGGGUGGCAAGAACGCCAUGCGAAUGACUCUGCUGGAGGCAGCCCAAAACAACUCGGCCCAAUCCCAGAGCGAAAUGACGAACAGGGUCAACGCUCUUGAAGCAGAUCUCAAGACUGUUCGUCAAGACAACAACCACUGGCGGCUAGAGGCAGAACGGGCUGACGAAAACGCCCGACGUGCGGCUGGAGAGCUGGCUCAAAUCACGGAGGAGAACAAGCACCUGCAGAAGUCGCUUAACACGCUCGCGGUCCAGCUUGAAGAGAAUGAAAGACUGCGCGAAUCUUGGAGAAGCAAGUUUGUGUCUCUUCAAGAAGAUAUGGGACAAGCAGCUCGGGAGGUGGCCGAGGAGAACGCUCGUCGCAUAAAGAGAGACCAGGCCAUGCUAGCCAGGCAAGAGGUACUUGAUGCCAGACUGCAGGCCGAGGCCAAGACUCGCGAGCGCCUCGAAGUUGAAAUGGAAAGACUGCAGGACAAUGAAAGAUCUGGCAUGCGUGCUGUCAAUGAAUGCAAGCGUCUCGAGGGCCUGCUCAGCGACCUGCGAACUGAGAACCACAAGCUGCAACAGACUGCUUCCCGCUACCAGCGAGAGUUUGAAGAGGCUCGCGAAUCUGGAGUCAGCGAGAUCAAGAGAACCCGCAUGGCGUUGCAGACAGAAAUAGAUGCCGCCAACAACCAGGUUAACGUUAUUCGCGAGGAGCUCGAGGAACAAAACUCCAAGCUGCGGACGGAGCUGGACAACGUGAAACUCGAUGCUGAUACUUUCAAGGCUCAGAGCGAGAUGCUCCUCGAGGCGGCCCAGUCCACCAAGGUUGCCGAGCUAGAAGCUGUCCGGUGCAGUCACCAGAACGAGAUUGAGGACAUGCAGGCCCGGUACGAGCGCCAGAUCAACAAUGCCACGGAUGAUGCUUCGCGAAUGGAGCAGCAACUUCUCGAGCGCCUCAGCCUCUCAUCCUCAAAGAUUGAGCAUCUCCAAGACCGUAUUUUGCAUCUUGAAGACAAGUUGGAAAUUGCCAAGCAGGCUGCCGCUGCGGCGGCGCAAGCAGCAAAGACGACAAGCGUUGAGCCCGGUGGUGCCGCUUCAUCUCUUCCUGCGGCGGCUGUCCCGCCCAGACGAGGAUCAAAGUCUGCUGGCGCCCCCGAGAAGAUCUCGCCUCAGGCCCUUCGAGAGUCCAUCAUGGUUCUCCAGGAACAGCUUCAGGAGCGCGAGCAACGCAUCGAGGAUCUUGAGCAGUCUCUUUCCAAGGCUGACCCUGAGGCGGCGUGCAAAAUCUCGAAACGCGAUGACGAGAUCAGCUGGCUGCGUGAACUUCUGGCUGUAAGACACGGCGACCUUCAGGACAUUAUCAAUGCUUUAUCCCGAGACCAUUACGACCGGGACCGAGCCAAGGACGCCGCGAUUCGACUGAAGGCCAACCUGCAGAUGGAAGAACAGGAGCGCGAAAGAGCCAUGAACGGGGGGUCAUCGAUUAGCCUGCCCAACAUUGCGCAGAGCUUUCAAGCUGCCACUCCUCGCGUGGCCCAGACCAUUGGCCCGAUCGCGGCUGCUUGGGGCAACUGGCGCAAGUCGAACCAACCGAGCUUCCGCAACAUCUCGGGUGUCCUGUCGUCUCCCUCGUAUGGGAACAGCGCCACUCCCUCCAAGAGUAGGACAAGCCCCGGACCGCAGAGCAGUUUGCUGAGCGGUCUUUUGACGCCACCGACCUCGGGCCUGCGGCAGACGCCGAUAUCUGACAGCAAGCCGCAGCCCACGGCUUUUGCUAGGACUGGCCGUCGGUACACGCCGCAGAGCAACUCGAUGGGUCGCGUCCGUGGCGAGUCGAGCAGCUCUGGAGCGUCAGACCUCAUGCCAGCCAUCCCCGACACACCACAACGCCAGCACCAAGAGCGCGGUGAGCAACCCAGAACGCCACCAAUGAUGGGCGAGAACGGCUAUGAUUCCGACGCUCAGCCUGGUGACUUUGAUGACCGCGACUUCUUUGAAGAGGAUUGA